AGGGACGCAACUCCAAAUUUACUAUUUAUCAUCGUAUGAUCGCAUGAUCGCAGUUCCAGAAACAUUUUUUCUCAGGAUGCAGAACUUAUAAACUAGGUCAGUUAGUGUAUUGCAAUCCACACAAUUUACACAUAAUUAAAACGCGUUAAUAGUGUCAGAAUGAGUUUUCUUCUUGCGUGUGUGGCGGGAGUUGUAAUUUACGGAACAAUUCGUCUGCUUCAUUUGGCCAGUUCGUCAUCUGCACCAGAACUGAAAUACAAAGAUGGCUCGUUUUUUGCCAGUCAAAUUCUUAAAAUGUGUUCUAUACUCUCAAAACCUUAUAUACCUACAAAAGUUUGGGGGAAAAGUGGACAUUUGCAAACAAUUGUGUAUGGGAAAUUAGGUAGAAUUAAAUCUCCAUUUCCAAAGGGGAAGCGACAUUUUAUCAAACUGGAAGAUGGAGCUACGUUGACAUAUGAUGUAUUUGAACCUAUAUCCCCUCAUCUUAGAGGAGAUUAUACUAUAGUGAUCAGCCCAGGUAUAGCUAACAGUAGUGAGACGGCCUAUAUCUGUACAUUUGUACAUUAUGCUCAAGACAAUGGUUACAGAGUAGUGGUACAGAACCAUCUAGGAGCAGUUCUCAGUAUAGAACUAACAUCAUCUAGAAUGUUCACCUACGGGCAUACAGAUGAGUUAAAGAUUAUCGUUGAAGACAUAGAGAAACUAUAUCCCGAUAGUCAGUUCCUAGCUGUGGGGUUCAGUAUGGGGGGUAAUAUAGUCACUAAAUAUCUCGGAGAGGACAAUGGUCACCAACAUAAGUUUAUAUGUGGGAUGUCAAUAUGUCAGGGAUAUGAUAUUCAAAAGGCCUUUCCAUUGCUGUUAGAAUGGAGUCAUCUGAGGAGAAUGUAUGUCUAUUUUAUGACAUCGUAUCAGAAGUUUUUACUGCGCCACCAUUACCACACAGUACUGUCUGAGGAUGUUAAAAGUAAACACAAGCUUGAGGAAGACAAGAUAUUUGCUUCCACAUCUUUGGCAGAAUUAGAUCAGUCUUAUACUAUAAAACGUUGGGGAUACAAGAGUUUAGACGAGUAUUACAAAGCGUGUAGUAGCUGUAAUUAUAUAAACAAUAUAACAAUACCAAUGUUUUUGUUGAAUGCUAGAGAUGACCCGUUGGUACCUCAACCGUUACUGAAGUGUGCCACACAAUAUGCAGAGUCUCAUGAAAAUUGUAUACUGAUGAUAACUAAGCAUGGCGGCCAUCUUGGAUUUUUUGAAGGAGGAUAUAUCACCCCUGACACAAUAACCUGGUUAGACAGAGCCAUCAUUGAGUUUGCCAAUGCAGCAGUUACUAUUACUCAAGCAAAGAAAAAUUUGAUGAAUGGAGUUCAAAUUUCAUAACAGCAACACAUGUAGUAAACAUGGAAAACUUACAAUUGGAAACUAAAAUUUAAUCUAUAUUAUUGUCCCAUAUUAUUACAAUUCUUAACUAAAAUUUAAUCUAUAUUAUUGUCCCAUAUUAUUACAAUUCUUAACUAAAAUUUAAUCUAUAUUAUUGUCCCAUAUUAUUUGAGUUCUUAACUAAAUUUUUACUAUAUUGUUGUCCUAUAAUCUGUACAUUUCUAAACUAAAAUGUAAUCCUUAUUGCUGUCCCUCAAUCAGAACAAUUCUAACUGAAAUGUAAUCCAUAUUAUUGUCCCAGAAUCUUAACAAAUCGUUUAAUCCAUAUUUUUGUCCCAUAAUAUGUGCAAUAUAAUCUAAAAUUUAAUCUACAUUGUUGUCCUCUAAUCUUCACUCAAAAUAUGUGCAAUUCUUAACUAAAAUUGAAAUCAAAAGUUAGAUUACUCAUAUGAACUGUCUGAAAAAUUGUAAGAUGUGUAUAAGUAAAUGUACAAUUAUUAUGUAAUAAGAAUGUUGAUAUGUAAUAGAUAGGUUUCAAUUGACACAAAUAGAGCAAAAAUUACUUCCCUUUUGAUGGAUGUCGAAGUGUGUGAAGUCUUUAUAAAUCGGUAAUAUUCAAAUACUAGACUUAAGAAAAAGGUCUUUUCUGAACAUUUUUUUCUUCAAGCUUCACUUUAUUCAUCACUAGAACCUAGAAAGAAUCACUAGUCAGACAUUUUUCAGAAUCUAAAGGAUUUUGGGUAAUCUCAUUGUUCAUCACACUAAAAUAAAAGUAAUGUUACAUCAUUGGUUGAAUUUCCAUUAUUUAGAACGUUUUAAACCAAUGUUAUGGUGUAAGCUUUUGAAAAUAUUACCAAGAAUGCAUUAAAUUCUUGGUUAGAAAAUAAGAAUAUCAACCAUUUAAAAAUGGCAGCCAAGGGAAGUAACUCAACUCAAACAUCGGAAACCUAUGUAUAAUGAUGUGCAAUUUUCAAUUGCUUUUCUUGCCAUAUUAUUUAUUUAUCUGUAGGUUGUAUGUACAUUUAAUGUGAUCCCCCUAAUAAGUUCACUUGACUGAUCAUGAUAAAAAAAUUAUACCGUGAUGUGCAUGGAUCUUCUAUCCUUUAAGGUUUCAUUUACAAACAUCACACAUGUAUCUUCAGAUCUAUUUUUCAUGGUUUCAAUACAAUUUCUGUAGCCUGUGAAGUCUGUGAAGCUGUAUUGUCACCCCCACUUACAAAAAAAUAAAUGAUUUAAAUGUUUUUUAGGCUGGCAAGAAAUGAGCUUAAGUCUGUCAAACUACAGAAUAGUUGCAAACUCCUGUGUCUGCUUACAACGCAAUUUCUUCAAAUGAAUGUGAUAAUAAAUCUUCAGCAUGAACUCAGAACUUUUAAUGGCAGAAUAAAUUUGGCUGAAUAUUAUCAGUAAUUUGUCUAUACAAUAUGAAUUUAUUUUUUGUUAUUUUACAAAUCAAGAACUUUAAGGCUAACAAGUGGCUUCACUUUUACUUUUCUCAAACUAUGGCUCCUUUAUGUUUUGAAACUUGUGAACAAUGCUUAUUACCAUAAAAGAAAGAUAAAGUUUGAAUUUCA